UGUGCGUUUUUUCUUCACCUCUUUUCAUCAUUGCUGUUGUAAAGUGCUUCUUUCUUCCUUUCUUGGUUCUUAUGUUCCUUUUUUUUAUCUUGUGUGCUGCUCUGCUUACUUUUACUCUUUUGAGCUUCUAUGUGCAUCAUUGGAAGAUGGGUAAUCAUGCAUUUGGAUAUAUCUUAAAGUUCCUCCAAUUCUGAGUGCUGCUAGAUGAUUUUCUGGAAUUCUGAUUUCUGAAAUUUCAUCCUUGCUAUGGUGGGUUGAAGGACUUGGUUGUGAAGAAUCAACAAAAGCCUGUUUCUAGAUCUUGUCAACCAAAGGUCGUUUGGCCGUCAAUCCAUCAUCAUAAUGGUUUCGAGGUCAUAUUCGAACUUGUUAGAUCUUACUUCCUGUGACUCCCCAACUUUCGGUCGUGAAAAGAAAAGGCUUCCUCGGGUGGCCACUAUUGCUGGAGUACUGUCUGAACUAGAUGAUGAUAACAGCAACAGUGUUGGUUCUGGUGCUCCCUCUUCCAUCUCUCAAGAUAGGAUGAUCAUUGUAGGUAACCAACUUCCGUUACGGGCACACAGGAAAGAUAAUGGUAAGUGGGACUUCACCUGGGAUGAGGACUCACUUCUUUUACAGCUGAAAGAUGGUCUUGGGGAGGAUGUAGAAGUUAUCUAUGUUGGUUGUCUCAGAGAAGAAAUUGAGCCAAGUGAGCAAGAUGAUGUUGCUCAACACUUGCUCGACUCUUUCAAAUGUGUACCCACAUUCCUCCCUCCUGAGCUUUUUAGUAAAUUCUAUCAUGGAUUCUGCAAACAACAUCUAUGGCCUUUAUUUCACUACAUGCUUCCACUAUCACCUGAUCUUGGUGGUCGAUUUGAUAGGUCCCUUUGGCAAGCUUAUGUUUCUGUGAACAAGAUAUUUGCAGACAAAGUGAUGGAAGUCAUUAGCCCUGAUGAUGACUUUGUUUGGGUUCAUGACUACCAUUUGAUGGUUCUGCCAACAUUUUUGAGAAAGAGAUUUAACAGGGUGAGGCUAGGAUUCUUCCUCCAUAGUCCAUUUCCUUCCUCGGAGAUAUAUAGAACCCUUCCUGUUAGGGAUGAACUUCUCAGAGCUCUUUUGAACUCUGACCUUAUUGGGUUUCAUACUUUUGAUUAUGCCAGGCACUUCCUCUCCUGUUGUAGUAGAAUGCUUGGGCUUUCUUAUCAGUCCCAGCGUGGCUACAUCGGUAUCGAGUACUAUGGUAGAACUGUUAGUAUUAAGAUUCUUCCUGUAGGUAUUCAUAUAGUCCAGCUUCAAUCUGUCAUGAAUCUUCCUGAGACAGAAAGAAAAGUUGCUGAGUUACAAGACCAGUUCAAAGGUCAAACUGUGAUGCUUGGGGUUGAUGACAUGGAUAUCUUUAAAGGAAUCAGCUUAAAACUUUUGGCCUUGGAACAAUUGCUUUUGCAACAUGCUGAUAAGAGGGGCAAAGUUGUUCUGGUCCAAAUUGCAAACCCUGCUAGAGGCCGGGGGAAGGAUGUACAGGAGGUACAAAGCGAAACUUAUGCCACAGUGAAAAGGAUAAAUGAUACAUUUGGAAGGUCCGGAUACACACCUGUAAUAUUGAUUGAUACACCUCUUCAAUCUUAUGAGCGAAUUGCUUAUUACGUGAUUGCAGAAUGUUGUCUUGUUACAGCAGUGAGAGAUGGGAUGAACCUUAUACCCUAUGAAUAUAUCAUAUGUAGACAAGGAAGUGAGAAGCUAGAUGAGAUUUUAGGGAUAAACCCAUUUACUGAAAAAAAGAGCAUGCUGGUUGUGUCGGAGUUCGUUGGGUGCUCCCCAUCACUAAGUGGGGCAAUUCGAGUCAAUCCAUGGAACAUUGAUGCUGUUUCUGAAGCCAUGGAUUCUGCCUUAAUGAUCCCGGAGUCUGAAAAACAGAUGCGGCAUGAGAAGCAUUAUAGGUAUGUUAGCACACAUGAUGUUGCAUAUUGGGCACGUAGCUUCUUGCAGGAUCUGGAAAGGGCAUGUAGGGAUCAUCUCAGGAGGAGAUGCUGGGGAAUUGGUUUUGGUUUAGGCUUUCGGGUAAUCACUUUGGACCCAAAUUUUAGGAAGCUAUCAGUGGAGCAUAUUGUUUCAGCUUAUAAGAGGACCAAACACCGAGCAAUUCUUUUGGAUUAUGAUAGUACCAUGAUGCAGCCUGGAUCAAUUAGUACAGCACCUAAUGCUGAAGUUAUAGGCAUCUUGAACAGCUUGUGCAGGGACACCAAGAAUGUUGUUUUCAUUGUCAGUGGAAAGGAGAAAAAGAUUCUUACUGAAUGGUUUUCUUCUUGUGAUAAUUUGGGAAUUGCUGCAGAGCACGGUUUUUUUAUGAGGACAAAUCAUGAUGCAGAAUGGGAAACUUGUGUUGCUGUUCCAGAUUUUGACUGGAAACAGAUUGCUGAGCCAGUAAUGCAGUUAUACAUGGAAACAACUGAUGGUUCUAACAUAGAGGCCAAAGAGAGUGCUCUUGUUUGGAAUUAUGAGUAUGCAGAUCGAGACUUUGGUUCGUGCCAAGCUAAGGAACUUUUAGAUCAUCUUGAAAGUGUUCUGGCUAAUGAACCUGUUUCUGUUAAAAGUGGUUCACACAUUGUGGAAGUUAAACCUCAGGGUGUGGACAAGGGCAUUGUAGCAGAACAUCUUCUGUUAACAAUGCAACAAAAGGGAAUGAUUCCAGAUUUUGUUCUAUGCAUUGGGGAUGACAGAUCAGAUGAGGACAUGUUUAAGGUAAUAAUGAAUGCAAAGGACUCUCUUUCUACUGUUGCAGAAGUGUUUCCUUGCACUGUUGGGCAGAAACCUAGUAAGGCCAAGUAUUACUUGGAAGACACAAGUGAGAUUUUGAGAAUGUUGCAUGGCCUUGCCAAUGCUUCUGAGCAGUCUCUUAGAAGUUCUCCCCAGUCUUCUAAUUAAGCUUUUUGUUCUGUAGCAUAACAUUAUUACCAACUACCAAAAGAUCUAGAUUUUGUUUUGCAAGUAGAUAAAUCAUAUGUAGUUAUUGUUUCUAAUCUCCAAUAUUGGUUUCUUAACGUUUUGAUGUGUAAUAACGUGACUG